AUGGUGAAACUCUUGAUGUUGGAGAAGGAUGCUCGAAUUGCUACAUUGAAUGAUUCACAACUCAUGAUGGAACAGAAAGCAGUAACUUGCCAGACGGGAGUGGACAAGAAGGCUGAGGAGCUGCGAUGGGCUAUGAAGGAAGGUAUUCCGCUUUUUGUUCGUGCUUUAUUAGAUUCAAGCAAUUUUGGCGCCGUGAAUGCUACCUUGCAAAUGUCCACUAUCCAACUUGGUCUACAUCAAGCUUGUGUGGACAUGAAGGAAAAGUACCCUAAAGAACUGAAAGAUAAGAAUGUCUUGUAUUCAUACCCGGAUGCGCAACGUCAGAUAAUUGAGUGCUUCGCUAAGAUGACAACGUACAAGUACUCACUUUUAUCUGCUCUAGGGGAGGAAGGGAUAGAUGUAGGUGGUUUGAAAAAAUUGCUGAAGUUUGUGGAUUGUUCCAGGGAGGAUGAAAUUGGAUCGAGCUAG